GCUGGUUGUAAAAUUUGACCCAUGUUGACGACAACUUGACAAGCUGAAGAGCUUUUUUUUCUUUCUUUCUCGUCGCAAGAUCGGAUUCGUGGAGAAGUUAGACGGGUUGAACGCCGUUCCCGUGGCGGUAAUCGCUGGUUGGCCUCCACUGCUUGGUACCUCUUGGUACAGCGCCCCCCUCUUUUUGCGUCACUAGGGUUCAUUCACUGCAAGCAUAUUUGAAUCCUGCCUAGCUCAUGUGUCGGUCACUUCGUCAUUCAAAGUCGACGGAUACGACCCACGUAUUACCAGGCCUGCACAGCCUAGAACCCUGCUUUACCUUCCCUUCCAAACUUGGACGAGAUUCAUCGACAGUACUAAUUUUCCUUGUCGUGCACUGCGCGGGCGGUUUUCUCACUCACCACUGCUGCAGCAUCCAAAAGCUCUGCCUGUUGCAACGACAAUCGCGUCGUGCAGCCGGAGCGUAAUCAUGGACACCGAACGAAUGAAGAGGAAGGACACAACCAAGGGGCCUCCCCUCCGCAUACUAUCAUUAGAUGGCGGAGGAGUUCGAGGCUACUCAAUUUUUGUCAUCAUACAGGAAAUAAUGCAUCGAACCUUUGUCGAGAUUGAAGGCCGCGCGCCCCGUCGUUCCGAAAUCCCUAAGCCCGCAGACCACUUUGACCUCAUUGUCGGCACUGGCACAGGCGGCCUGGUGGCGCUGAUGCUCGGCCGCCUGAGGCUGGACCUAGAAACCUGCAAGGAGCUGUACGUGCGCCUGACGCGCAUGGUGUUUGAGACGGACAAGACAAUACUCGGGAUACCAACCAGGAGCACACUGUUCAAAGCAUCCAUGCUGGAGCUGGCUAUCAAGGAGGCCGUUAGGGAACAUACUGUCGAUGAGUAUGAAGGCAACGAUGGAUCCGACUCGCCAGCCAGUCCCGCUAGCAUGGCAUCCCGAAAUAGGCUGUCGCACGCCGGCAGCUAUCCACGAAGACACGCUAGCAACGCGAGUGUUGUCAGUUUCAGCCACAGAAGCCCAACAAGUCAGUUUGCGCGCCCAGCGCAUGGACUGAGGGGAGGAAACCCAGAUGCGAGCCUUUACGAUGCCAGGGAAAACAGGACAAAAACGGUCGUGACCGCGAUAUACAGAGGAACCCAAAAGGGAGGCGAUCCGGCAUUACUACGAUCGUAUGACUCGAGAAAGGAGCCGUCGCCGGAAUACGACUGCAAAAUUUGGGAGGCAGGAAGAGCGACAUGCGCUAUUGGCCUUGCGUUCAAGCCUAUCAAGAUUGGGCAGUCCGUAUUUCAUGAUGAUGGUGCUGGAACCUUCAACCCUGCGAUUCAGGCUCUGGACGAAGCCGUCGUCAACGAGUGGCCGGGUCGCGACGUUGGAGUUUUCAUUAGUGUGGGAACAGGAAGGAGGCCAAAAAGCAGUGAUGCAAACCAGUCGCUGUGGUACGAGGGUUUCUUGGGCGACUUUGCAGACGCACGGAAGAGAUUGAUUGCAAAGAUCGAGGGAUGUGAAACGAUUCACCAAUACGUCAAGCGGGAGCACCUGCUCAAGCGCGGUGUCAACGUCGAGAACUACUACCGCUUGAAUGUAGAGAUGGGCGUUGGAGAGUUUGGUAUGAACGAGUGGAAUCGCCUGGCCGAUAUUAGCACCAGCACACGGCAGUAUCUACGACGGCCCGAGGAAAGUGCCAUGGUUCAGGGGUCUGCUGCAAAACUAGCUAAGAUAUACCGGGCAAAGAUGCGUCAUGAUCGGAUGAGCACGGUUCCCGACGUUGCGGUCCACACCACUUCGGAUUCCUCCCUGCCAACCUUUGCAGUCGAGUUGCCUGGUGAUAUGCCAACAUUCCCGACCAAACCGCAUAACACGACGCCUUCCAGCAGACAGUCCUACGAUUCCGGACCCGACAGCCUUGGCAUGCCGACGUCGGCAUUGUCGCCCCGUAGCUCGGGUGGGAGCCUAGCUGGGGAUCGCCCCCUUCCUCCACCACCUCCAGCGUCUGCUACUGGAGCUCAACCAUCAUACACGCGCCCAUCAGUAGGCUCGCCACCUUCAAGACCUACGCAUAACCCUACCGCAUCGACAGUUUCUGCCGCAACCGUCUCAAGUAUGGGAACGAUCGAUGAUGACCUUCUCCCAGCAGCACUGACGCCGACACAGUGGAAGAGCGUGUCUGGACAGGACAAGAUUGCGAUCGUUGCGCAGGAUGAACAGCCGAGACGCGGUCUCGGACCACCACCUCUGCCUCCUAAAACUCCCAUACCAGAGAACCACGUUGCCGGUGGAGGUAGACGUCCACCUACUAACGGCAAGGUGCCUCCAUACCCCAUGGAUGACGAGCCUCCUCCUGCCGUGAAUAUGGCAAUGAAACCCAGAGUAUGAAUGGGUCUUUUUUCUUCUCUUCUGUUUUAUUCUCUUCCUUUCUUCACUGAGCCUGUAAAUUCAGCCAACAAUUUCCCACAUUGGCCACAUAGGUUUCGUUUCUUCUGCUUCAGUUUAACUUGUCAUUUCACGUUGGCUUUCGCGGGAUACCAAAUUUAGUUUCAGCCAUUUUCUAGCUUAUUUCCAAUUCCUAAUGUUAUCAGUCGCCUCCAUUGCAUCAUCCCAUGCCCUUAGAGAUGUUUAACUAGUCUGCACCUUUUGGGAAAUUUUCACAUAUACCAAAUACUCAUCAUUCUUUUAACAUUAUGCAUAUAUCUAAGUUGUUGCAUUAUUCAGAAGCUGCACAAGGUACACGGUGGGACCUACCUAGGUACCUAACUACAUAUUACUUUCACGUUGUACUACCGUUAUUGACGUCAUGUACCUUACCC